AUGGGUCGCCUGCCGCCUGAGGCGCACACGGAGAGCAAGGACAGCUCUCUGAAGCCGGACUCUCUCGGCCGAGGAAAGAUGUUUGGUGCCACGGAGGAGAUCCUUUGGUGGCAAAGCAGGAUCUUCUCUCCCCCCGCUCCCCUUGGUCCAAACCUGAUCCUUUGGGGACCCCGUCAGGAAGAGAGCAUUGUUUCCAAGAACGCCAUGCAGUACCGAGGGAGCUCCCAGCACGAUGCGCAGGAGUUCCUGCUCUGGCUGCUGGACAGAGUCCACGAGGACCUCAACAACACGGCGAAGAACAGCGGCCGGCCUUCGCUCAAGCCACCUCUAGAGGAAGACAACUUGAUCGAGGGAGCCGUCUUUUCGAUAAACAGCACUUUCGUCCAGGAGCUGUUUCAGGCCCAGUACAGGUCGUCCUUGACGUGUCCUCAUUGCCAGAAGCAAAGCAACACCUUUGACCCCUUCCUGUGCAUCUCUCUGCCCAUCCCUCUGCCCCACACGCGGCCACUGUAUGUCACCGUGGUGUACCGAGGAAAAUGCUCGCACUGUAUGCGGAUCGGGGUUGCGGUGCCCUUGUCUGGAACGGUGGCCAGGCUGAGGGAAGCCAUCUCCAGGGAAACCAAAAUCCCCACAAAGCAGAUUGUGCUCACGGAGAUGUACUACGACGGCUUCCAUCGCUCUUUCUCUGACCUCGACGACCUGGACACGGUGCAGGAGAGCGACUGCCUCUUUGCCUUCGAGACCCCAGAGGUCUUCCACCCGGAGGGGAUCCUGAGCCAGAGAGGAAUCCACGUGAACAGUAAUCUGAACCACUUGAAGUACGGCCUGGACCACCACUGGGCCUCUCCUUACGCCCAAGGGCCACUGGACAACUCCAACAGCCGGGGGUCCGUGGCGGCCCCCGUGGCCGCAAGCGACAAGCUUGUGGUCUUGGUGUGCAACCGAGCGUGUACUGGGCAGCAGGGGAAGAGGUUCGGCCAGCCUUUUGUGCUGCACGUGGAGAAGACGAUCCCGUGGGACCUCCUGCAGAAGGAAAUCCUGGAGAAGAUGCAGUACUUCCUGCGACCCUCAGCCUGCAUCCAGGUCUGCCCGUUCAGCUUGAGAGUGGUCAGCGCGGUGGGCAUCACGUACCUGCUGCCCCAGGAGGAGCGGCCCCUCUGCCACCUCAUGGUGGAACGAGCCCUGAAGUCAUGCGGGCAAGGCGGAGCCCCUCACGUGAAGCUGGUGGUGGAAUGGGACCGAGAGACCAAGGACUAUUUGUUCAUCAGCGCGGAGGAGGAGUACAUCCCGGACGCGGAGAGCGUGCGCCAGCAGAGGGAGCUGCACCACCAGCCUCAGACCUGCACCCUCUCCCAGUGUUUCCAGCUCUACACCAAAGAGGAGCAGCUGGCUCCGGACGACGCCUGGCGCUGCCCGCACUGCAAGCAGCUGCAGCAGGGGAGCAUCACCUUGAGCCUCUGGACCUUGCCGGACGUCCUCAUCGUCCACUUGAAGCGCUUCCGGCAGGAAGGUGACCGGAGAGUGAAGCUUCAGAACAUGGUGAAAUUCCCUCUGGUGGGGCUGGACAUGACCCCCCACGUGGUCAAGCGCAGCCAGAGCAGCUGGAGCCUGCCUUCCCACUGGUCCCCCUGGCGGCGCCCCUACGGCCUGGGGAGGGACCCGGAGGACUUUGUCUACGACUUGUACGCCGUCUGCAACCACCACGGCACCAUGCAGGGAGGGCAUUACACAGCGUACUGCAAGAACUCCAUCGACGGCCUCUGGUACUGCUUUGAUGACAGCAGCGUGCAGCAGCUUCCGGAGAACGAAGUGUGCAAGCAGACGGCCUACAUCCUCUUCUACCAGAGGCGGACGGCCAUUCCCUCCUGGUCGGCCAACAGCUCUGUGGCAGGCUCCACCAGCUCUUCCCUGUGCGAGCACUGGGUGAGUCGCCUCCCGGGGAGCAAGCAGCCCAGCAUCGCUUCGGCUGCCUCCUCCAGGCGCACCUCCUUGGCGUCCCUCUCGGAGUCGGUGGAGAUGAUGGGGGAAAGGAGCGAAGAUGACGGUGGCUUUUCGACCCGCCCGUUUGUGAGGAGCGUCCAGCGCCAGAGCUUGUCGUCCCGGUCUUCGGUCACCAGUCCCCUGGCUGUGAGCGAGAACGGCAUGCGCCCUUCCUGGUCUCUCUCGGCAAAGCUGCAAAUGCGCUCCAACUCGCCGUCUCGGUUUUCGGGCGACUCUCCUGUUCACAGCUCGGCCUCGACCCUGGAAAGGAUCGGGGAGACCCUGGACGACAAGGUCUCCACCUCGUGCUUCGGCAGCCUGAGGAGCCUCUCCGGCAGCUACCCUGAACAGGCCGGGGGCCGGCCGGACCACCGGACCCUCGGCAGGGCUCCCCUGGCCGUCAUGGAGGGUGUCCUCCGGGACGAGGCGCCUGGGCGGAAGUCGGCCUCGGGCCCCGAUCCCUACGGCGGCAAGGGGGCCCCUCGGGCGGCCAAGAGCAGCGUCCCUGCGCUGGAUCCUUUUGACAACAACAAUCAGAUCGCCUUUGUGGAUCAGAGUGACUCGGUGGAAAGCUCCCCGGUCAAGGAGGGACGGAGUUUCAGCGGGGCGCCCCUCUCCCCCCCAAAGGCGGAGGGCGGUGCCCCGAAAGGUACCUCUGGGGGCCCCAGAGACGCCUCGGAGCCCGACCGGAGCCUAAGGAAAGAGAGGACAGCCCUGCCGAGUCAGGAUUCUCUGACCUCUCGCCCGUCGGCGGCUUCCCCCCCGCCCUCCAAGGGUUUGCCCAAGGGGUCCCGAUCCCGGAGCAGGACGGAUUCCUGCCGGUCGAGCGGGAGGCACGGCUCUCCCGCAGCCCCCCGGCCAGGCAGGAAGGAGGCGGCCUCCAAGGGCCACGAGGCGGCCGGGCCCCCCUCCGGGCAGCAGAGGCAGAAGACCCUGCCCGCCUCGUCCUCCACGGCGGCCAGAAGGAACCCCUCCUCGGCCUCCUCCGGCCGCAGCCGGGCGUCGGAUCGCAGCCUCAGCCGCGAGGGCUCCAGGCAGAGCCUGGGCUCGGACAAGGCGAGCGCCACCGCCAGCUCGCGCACGAGCUCUCCGCGCAUCGGCCCGCCCCGAAGCGAGGGCAGGACUCCCGAGGGGAAGCACCUGCGCAGCAACUCCCUGGCCAGCCUGCGCUCGCCCACGGCCGGGUCCCGCUCCGGCCUGAAGAGGGACAGCAAGUCGGACGACAAAGGCCUGUCCUUCUUCAAGUCCGCCCUGCGGCAGAAGGAGACGCGCCGGUCAGCCGACCUGGGCAAGGCCUCCAUCCUCUCCAGGAAGGCGGCCGGCGGCUCCGCCAAGAACCCGGCCGAGGAGAAGCCGGACAAAGGCAGCCCUAGGCCUCCCCCUCAGCCACAGCCGCCGCGCCCCCACCCCGGUGCCAACGCCUCCGCCAAGGAGGCCUCCCCGGCCAAGCGGCCCCUGCUCCCUGGGCGGAAAUCCAGGUCUUCCCCACUGGAGGCUCCUCCGCCCUCGCCCGGCAGCGGCACGCUGGCUGCCGAGAAAGCCUCCUCGCGCAAGCCCCCCGCCAGCAUGGCCUCCCCUGCACGGCCCUCCUCCAAAUCCCAGUGAUGCCCCCCCGACCCCCAGGCUGGCCUCCGGCUCGGCUCUCCUGUCCGUGGGCCUCUCGUGUGGGAAGAUCUCUGGACGCCUGUCCAAGCGCCGUCGCUGCCUCCGUCGGACCAAAUAGGAAGGAAGUCCCGGGCCCACCCCCCCGGCUGGGGCUUCUUGGGGGCCGCCAAGGGGCACGGUCCUCUCCCAGCCAGCCAGCCAGCCAGCCUGGUCCAGGGGAGCCUUUCGGGGGGGGGCGUCCCCUCUUUCCCCAGGGUUUGUGUCCGUGGCUGGUGGCUGGACUCUGUGGCCCCUCGGCUGCCUUUCAGCUCUGCAGUUCUGAG